AUGGCGCCAGAAAAGUCGGCUGAGCACGCUCAUAUCGAGAAGCUCAUUGCCAAUAAUCUCCCGACCAGUCCUAUCUAUGCCUUCCUGCUGACUCCUGUGCGUGUUGUCUCGGCAUCCAAGGGACACGUUGUGUGUCGCUUGCCCUUGACCAAGAGCCACAUGAACUCCAAGGGCGGUAUCCACGGUUCAGUCUCGGCUACCAUUGUGGACUGGAUGGGCGGUAUGGCCAUCUCAUCGUAUGACUUGCGAGAGAAGUCUGGUGUGAGCGUCGAUAUCCACGUCACCUACCAAAGCUCUGCAAAGGAAGGUGACGAGAUUGAGAUCGAGGGCAUCGCAGACAAGGUUGGUGGUUCGUUGGCUUUUACUAAGGUCAACAUAUACAAAGUCCAGGAAGGUCGGCGCGGUGUCGCUGUCGUAACUGGCACCCAUACCAAGUUCCCAACCAACGUCUUGCAAGCCACUUCUACUGCUGAGCGUUUGCCUGCCCUGUCCCAACUCCAGACAUUCCCGUCUGUGAGUUCUUCUCCGAGAGGAAGCUCCAUAACUUCAGGAGAACCUGUUUGCGGCGCCGACACCGCUACCACCUACUCAUCCUCCUUCCACGGCACAUACAGCACUGGACUCAAGACACCUUCCCCCGACCAUACUCCCGCAUACCGCAGAGACAGUGUUCAGUCCGGACUGCACGCCCAAUCCAUUCCUAUCACGAGUUACGACCAUAACAGCACUUCUUGUAUCAGCAUGAAUCAGACACAGCCCUACAUGGAUGUGAGCCAAAGCCACAUGUCCAGCAGUAUCCCUUCCUCGGCCCCGCCGCCAGGCCUCGGCCAUUACGCCAACUACCAUCAACCACAACCCAUCUCGAGCCAGCCCCACCCCUAUGGCUCAUCACCUUCAUCGUACUCCCAAUACUACACCAACGGACUCGCUCCUCUCCACCAUCCUUCCUCGGGUGGCAUGAGCUCUCAAAUGGUCCCCCAAUCUCAAUUGCCUCUUCCUACACUUGCCAACAGUGUAUCACCUAGCUCUGCGCAAGGUCAAUACUCGGGCGCGUCAUUCGACACCACGGGACAGAUCGCUCCGCCUGGCAUGAAGCCGAGAGUGACUGCCACGCUUUGGGAAGAUGAAGGCAGCCUUUGUUUCCAGGUUGAAGCAAAUGGCAUCUGCGUGGCCAGACGCGAAGACAACCACAUGAUCAACGGAACAAAGCUGCUCAACGUAGCUGGCAUGACGCGUGGUCGUCGUGAUGGUAUUCUCAAGAGUGAGAAGCAUAGGCACGUGGUCAAGAUUGGCCCUAUGCAUUUGAAAGGUGUUUGGAUCCCUUUCGACCGUGCUCUUGAAUUCGCCAACAAGGAGAAGAUCACUGAGAAACUCUAUCCUCUGUUUGUGCAUAACAUUGGUGCGCUGCUUUACCACCCUUCGAACAGUGCUAGCCGAACUAUUGGUGGCGCCACUUCCCUGGUCGCUGGCGAGCGCAGACGCCCUGAGGAGUACAUGAGAGCACCUGUAAGCCAGUCGCCCUCUAUGCCUCAUGGCCAUUCCAUGGCUAUGCCACAGCCGCCACAUUCGCUCGCCCCUCACCCUAAUGCUGGGAGACCUAACCUGGACAGAGCUCACACUUUCCCCACUCCUCCCACUAGCGCCUCCAGCAUGAUGGGAAUUGGCAGCUCAGAAGGCUCCUAUCAAUGGAGUGGUCAGCCCCCCUCGACUAUGCAGCAACAGCAGCCUCCGCAACAACCUCUGGCCAUUGAUACCAACAUGAACAAUACAAGAUCUGUGCCGACAACACCUGCAACCACUCCCCCUGGAAGUGCUAUGCACAGCAUGCCCCCGUAUCAGACUAGCCAAGCAUAUGACGGUGGCCGUCAAUUGUAUUCGGCUCCUUCGCAACCGUCUCAGUACGGUCCUCGUUAUGGUCAGCUCCAGCCCAGCCCUUACAUUAAGAAUGAAAUGGCUCCUCCCGCUCGAGCUGGCGCCGAGUCAGACCAUACUAUAGAUCAAAAGCCUCAGGACGGCUACAUCAACCACUCUGGCGCUCACGACGAUGCUGAAGGUGAGCACGAGGGUGAAUACACGCACGCCUCUGGGCCUUACGGUGCAAACCGUGCCUCUUAUGCCUAUGCUACACCUGCAGCAACUGCUUCACUUCAAAGCGACCAAACACACAUGUCCUCGGACAUGACUGGCUCUCCUCAUCACAAGGCCUCUGGGGGCGCUACUCCUCGUACUACAAACAGCUACCACGCUUCAUACGCUACGCCUCAGCGCCAACAGCUCCAGUCAAACUUGUUCAGCGUCAUGAGUGACAAUCGUGCUCCCAACGGCUCUGAUAUGUACGGACAAGCCAACCACAGCUACGGAUCCCAGGGUUACUCGGGCGUGAAUGGUAUGCAGAAGCGCAUGCGUGACGACGAUGUCGACGAUCGCUACAACGACGACUCGGACGGCCUGAAGCGAAGAAAGACCGUACGUGAAGGCAGCGCCGGGACUGGACGUCCUCGCUCUGUCCUGGCCGGACACCGAUAA